GGCUACUAUUCUUGACACUGUUUACAUGCAUACAUGGGCGUACGCUGCUCUGGAGAAAGCUAAAAUAUGAUGUUUCAUUAGUGCAAUUAUUAACAUUGCACAUUUAGUGUUUGCUUUUAAGAUUUAAAUAUCACAGCGGAAAAUAAUGGCAGUUUUUCUUCGAUUAAAUUGGAUGGUUUUACAUUUAUUUUAUCGGCCGUCUUAUUGUUCAUGUCUAUAUUAUUAGCUAAGCUAAUUUAGCCACCUAACUGUUAGUGUGUUUGUCUAUUUCCACAAUGGUGGUCGAGGUAGAAAGCUUCUUCGGUGUUUACAUGCUUUACUGCACCAAUCCUAAAUUCAAAGGUCGCAUCUACAUCGGCUUCACUGUGAAUCCUGAGCGGAGGAUCGGGCAGCACAACGCCGGGCGACACAGAGGGGGCGCUAAGAGGACCAGCGGCAGAGGACCAUGGGAGAUGGUCCUCAUUAUACAUGGAUUUCCCUCUGAUAUUGCUGCUCUGAGGUUUGAGUGGGCGUGGCAGCACCCUCACUCUUCCAGGCGUCUCUCCCACGUCUCCCGGCGCUCCAGAAAGGAGUCGAGCCUGCAGUUCCACUGGCGCGUCGUCUCCAACAUGCUGCGGGCGGCACCGUGGAACAGACUGCCGCUAACAGCGCGCUGGCUCAAGCAGGAGUACAGGAUGGACUUUGAGCCCAGUCUGCAGCCGCCGCUGCACGUCCCCGUCGCUUUCGGCAGCGUGAGAGCCAAGAAGACUCAGCGGCAGGCAGGAGAGGAAGAGGAGGAGGAGGAGAUGUCCAGGUGUUUUGUCUGUAAAGGCUCAGUCAAGUCGUCAGAAACGCUGAGCUGUUUCCACCCGUCCUGUGGAAUGAGCAGUCACUUGACCUGCCUCGCCAAGCGCUUCCUGAAGUCCGAGCCGUCGCACCUCCUGCCCGUGGAGGGAGAAUGUCCGCGCUGUCGUCGCCCGCUGCUGUGGGGAAGCCUCGUCCGCCACAAACACGGCUGCUUCGGAGACUUGGAGGAGAUCCAGACUUCAUCUGCCUCCCAAAAACACUGGGCCGAUGAACUACAGCUAUGAAGGAGCCGAGUCAGCAAAAAAAAUGCAAAUUAUAUAGAUUACAUGUUAUUAAAUAUGUCGUUUUGUUUUUA